AUGGCGGUUUCGACAUGGUUCGCAAAUGCACGACGACGACUAAAGAAGGAGAACAAGAUGACGUGGUCACCACAAAAUCGACGUGGUGAUGAUCCAGAUGAUGACGAUUUGGCGGAUAUUGACGCUAUUGAUGGUCUCGAUGGCAUGGAUCGCCCUUCUAGCUCGAUGUCAGAUAUGUCGGAGAAGAAAGAAGAAGUGCCUGUAACGCCCGUAACAAACAACAAUCUAAAAGAUGGUUCAGACGUUAGUACACCAAAAAAAGCUCCAGGAAAAAUCUGGUCAAUCGCUGACACGCUAGGGGAAAGGUCUGAUUCGACGAAAGCUGAAAAUGAAGCUGGAAGUUCAAAGAAGGACUCACCGAGCACUGAAGAGGACCCUGCAGCUGUAGCACAACUGCAACGAAUGAUUGCUUUGUCCAAUUUCCAAUUUCCUCCGCAAAUGUUGGCAGCUAUGGCACGACCUGGUGCUAUGCCACCGAUGCCAUUUUUGAAUCCGCUGGCGCUGAUGGGCUUCGCUGCCCAACAACAACAACAACAUCAACAACAACACCCUACUAUGAUGAAUGGUAAGUCUUUGAUAACCUUAGUCUGGGAAGGGUAAAU